UGCUGCUGCCGCCGCCGCCCGCCCGCCCGCCGCCGCCGCCGCCGCCGCCGCCUGGAUAUAGUGCGGCAAGGCGCGGAGCUUGCAGUCACUUUGCGAGGAGGAGCGCGCGGGCUGCGGGCGGCUGGGGCAUCCCCGGGAGCGGCGGCGGGCUCAGCAGCGGCGGCCGUGGCAGCGGAAGGUUCCCUCUCCUCCGGGGCUGGACUUAAUAACUUUGGAACUGUCCGCCGGUGUCACGUCCUGAACAUGAGCCUCCACCUCUCCUUCUACCUGCUCGGGUUGCUUGUCAGUAGCGGGCAAGCUCUUCUUCAAGUGACAAUUUCACUUAGCAAAGUAGAGCUUAGUGUGGGUGAAUCUAAAUUCUUCACAUGUACAGCAAUUGGUGAGCCUGAGAGUAUAGAUUGGUAUAAUCCUCAAGGAGAAAAGAUCAUUUCAACACAGAGGGUUAUGUUACAGAAGGAAGGGGUCAGGUCACGACUAACCAUCUAUAAUGCAAACAUAGAAGAUGCGGGUAUCUAUCGCUGCCAAGCAACGGAUGCCAAAGGACAGACGCAAGAAGCUACAGUAGUUUUGGAAAUUUACCAAAAACUCACCUUCAAAGAAGUGGUGUCCCCUCAAGAAUUCAAGCAAGGGGAGGAUGCAGAAGUGGUCUGUAGGGUUAGCAGUUCCCCGGCCCCAGCGGUCAGCUGGCUGUAUCACAACGAGGAAGUCACCACCAUUCCCGACAAUCGGUUUGCUGUGCUUGCAAACAAUAACUUGCAGAUUCUCAACAUCAAUAAAAGUGAUGAAGGUAUAUACAGAUGUGAAGGAAGAGUAGAGGCUAGGGGAGAGAUUGAUUUCCGGGAUAUCAUUGUUAUUGUUAAUGUUCCACCAGCAAUUGUGAUGCCCCAGAAGUCCUUCAACGCUACUGCAGAGAGAGGAGAAGAGAUGACCUUAACCUGCAGGGCCUCAGGCUCUCCAGAUCCUACCAUCUCUUGGUUUAGGAAUGGCAAGCUCAUUGAAGAAAAUGAAAAAUACACUUUAAAGGGCAGUAAUUCAGAGCUCACUGUCAGGAACAUAAUCAAUAAAGAUGGCGGCUCUUAUGUCUGCAAAGCCACAAACAAGGCAGGAGAAGACGAAAAGCAGGCCUUCCUACAAGUCUUUGUACAGCCUCAUAUAUUACAACUUAAAAAUGAGACGACGUCUGAGAAUGGUCAUGUCACACUCAUCUGUGAAGCAGAAGGCGAGCCUGUUCCAGAAAUCACAUGGAAAAGAGCAGUGGAUGGCAUCACGUUUUCUGAAGGUGAUAAGAGCCCAGAUGGCCGUAUUGAAGUCAAAGGGCAGCAUGGACACUCAUCGCUGCACAUCAGAGAUGUGAAGUUAUCGGAUUCAGGGAGAUAUGACUGUGAGGCUGCGAGUAGAAUUGGUGGGCACCAGAGGAGCAUGCACCUUGACAUUGAAUAUGCUCCUAAGUUUGUUUCAAAUCAGACAAUGUAUUACUCCUGGGAAGGAAAUCCAAUCAAUAUUAGUUGUGAUGUGAAAUCAAAUCCACCGGCAUCAAUCCAUUGGCGAAGAGAGAAAUUAGUCUUACCAGCUAAAAAUACCACUCAUUUAAAGACCUACAGUGUAGGAAGAAAGAUGAUACUAGAGAUUGCCCCUACAUCGGAAAAUGACUUUGGACGAUAUAACUGCACUGCUACUAACCGUAUAGGCACAAGAUUUCAGGAGUAUAUUCUUGAAUUAGCAGAUGUACCCUCUAGUCCCCAUGGAGUGAAGAUUAUAGAGCUGUCCCAGACUACAGCCAAGAUCUCCUUCAACAAACCCGACUCCCAUGGAGGUGUGCCUAUUCAUCACUAUCAACUGGAUGUCAAAGAAGUGGCAUCAGAAACCUGGAAAAUAGUACGCUCCCAUGGAGUUCAAACAAUGGUUGUUUUGAGCAGCCUGGAACCAAAUACGACUUAUGAAAUCAGGGUUGCAGCAGUAAAUGGAAAAGGGCAAGGGGACUACAGCAAAACAGAAAUAUUCCAGACACUGCCAGUCCGGGAGCCAAGUCCUCCUUCCAUACAUGGACAGCCAAGCAGUGGGAAGAGUUUUAAAAUCAGCAUCACCAAACAAGAUGAUGGAGGGGCCCCUAUUUUAGAAUACAUUGUGAAAUACAGAAGUAAAGAUAAGGAAGACCAGUGGCUGGAGAAGAAGGUUCAGGGGAAUAAAGACCACAUCAUUUUGGAACAUCUGCAGUGGACGAUGGGCUAUGAGGUGCAAAUCACAGCUGCCAACAGACUGGGGUACUCUGAGCCCACCGUGUAUGAGUUCAGCAUGCCCCCAAAGCCGAACAUUAUUAAAGACACACUUUUUAAUGGUCUUGGGCUAGGAGCCAUCAUUGGCCUUGGAGUCGCUGCCCUUUUGCUAAUCCUCGUGGUGAUAGAUGUCAGCUGCUUCUUCAUUCGACAAUGUGGGUUACUGAUGUGCAUUACCAGAAGAAUGUGCGGGAAGAAAAGCGGCUCCAGUGGAAAGAGCAAAGAACUUGAAGAAGGAAAGGCAGCAUACCUGAAAGAUGGAUCAAAAGAACCAAUCGUGGAAAUGAGAACAGAGGAUGAAAGAAUCACAAAUCAUGAAGACGGGAGUCCGGUCAACGAGCCAAAUGAAACCACACCGCUAACAGAGCCUGAAAAACUGCCUUUAAAAGAAGAAAAUGGGAAAGAAGUCCUAAACGCAGAAACUAUAGAAAUUAAAGUGUCUAAUGACAUCAUCCAGUCUAAAGAAGAUGACAGUAAAGCGUAACCGCAAGUCUCAAUGGCUUGGUCAGCACCACAAAGAGCAAGGGGAUUUCAGUGACAGUAUGACCAAACCUAUUCCAUUGACCUUAAUUUCUGGGGAAACGUCUAGCUUGGAAUAGCUUGUACACAUAUACAUAUGAUCAACUCCUCCUGCCACAGUCCAUUUCCUUCUGUUGUUGUUGUUGUGGUUGUUUAUUUUUGUUAAGAAUUUUGGUAUAAAGGCUUGAUUGGCACCAGUUUUGGGGUAUCAGCUUGAUUCUAUGACUGAAGUACUACAAUUUAUUAUAUGGCUAAAGUGCUUUUCUUUUAAAAAUUUUGUCUCACAUGACACCAACAGAUGUAUUUCAGCUCCCUAGACUAAUAGGUUGUAAGUGGAAGGCAGAGCAAAAGCAUUGUAAGCUAAAUGUGUACGGAAGCCCUGCAUGUUCAUGAAUCUUAUCUUGGGCAAACACACGAUUGAAGUGGCUUUCAGGUUAAAAUGAAGGCACAUAAUAAAGGUUAUACAUUUAUCAGGAGAAUUUCACGGAACCCAGGCUUGAAGGAGUAAGUUGGUUAUUUUUUGCAGAUAUUAGAAAUUGAAAAAAUGUUGGAGAACUCUUUUCAACUUAUGACCACAUUGCAUUUUCCACAUUGAUCUUGGAUACACUGAUACCAGGCCAAAAUUGUUACACAUCUAAAAGAAGAUUAGUUGUGUGUAAAAUUAGAUUAGAAAAACUCCCUAAAUUCUUUUUAUGUAUACCAUAUUCACUCACAGUGGAUUACGCAAAAAGUAAAUGUAUUACAAGUAAAAAUGGUAUUGAUUUCUGCCCUCAGCUUCAAAUAAAGUGAAUUUAAAUGGGAAAAUAUCAAUAUGCUGUCUUGAUAUAUUUAUAAAUACAUGAUUAUUUUUAUUUAUACAAUAAUUUAUCAAAAAUAAAGUUGUUUUCAAGUACUUCGAGUCAUAUUAGAUAUGUUUUGGUGUACAGAUUUAGGCGGUCAUUUUUAUUAUAUGUCCCUUAUUAAAUGAAAGUGGCUAAUGGAUAUUAAAAGUACAUGGUAAAGUGAAUUUAUUAAACAUUCAAAUGUGCCAGAAGAGAAAUGAGCGAUUGAAAUGCUACUAUUGUUUUAUUUUCAAACGGUGUAUUUUAAAAUACAUUCUAAACCCAUUUUAAAAUAUUUAAUAAACAGCUAUGGUUGAAGCAAUCAUUUAACUAUCAACAUAGACUUUCUAAUUCCCUUCUUAAGGACUAUACAAGAAUAUGAUAGUUACUAACUUACACACUAUGCAAACUUCUUAGGUCAAAGUCUGAACUAUGAUUUAACUCACGUGAAAGGAAAAACACGUUUAUGGCUGUCAAUAAACGUAAGUGAGCAGCAGAGUUUAGAUAAUUUCUUAAGUCAGAGUUGCUAAGGUUUCUAUGUUCUCCCUCCUCCUCAUGACCUUUGGUAUUCUGGUAUCAAGUGAAUAGCUCCAAUAUUGAUGCAUUGGAGAAUACAUUCUGAUAGUUCAUUGGAGGAAUAUUUUUAACAGUGAAGACAGACCUGCUUUUACACCAUCUCUCUUUAGAGGUAAUUUCAUGAAAAUUAGAUACCAUAUUAGUGCCACUCUGGAAUACUUUUAUUUAUAAAGUGCUUAAACUUGUCAUCCAAGGAGAGAAAAAUGAUUUAUUGUAUCUUGUACCUCAUCUGCUGGCUGUCAGCUAGACUGAAUGUGCCCAACUGCAUAUAAAGAUGCUGUAAUCUCCACAGUGCUUUUCUGGAAAUUCAGGGUUAAUGCAGGGAUCUCUCCUUGCUGCCCAUCCUGGCAUAUUCUGAACAGAGAGAGAGAGAGAAACCCCGCCCCCCAAAAAAAGAGAAAUCUGUGCCUAUUUAAGAAUCUGAGCAGAGACUAAAAUAAGCAAACAAACCAGUUUAACCCUUUGACAAACUUGAUUAUCAAACACAUUCUUGAUAGAUUUGCCUGGGAUGUUUAGCUUAUGUUUGUCUGGUCAUUUCAGUUUCAGGUUUUAGUUGUACUUCAUUUUGCUUGUUUUAUUUUUGUACCAAAUGUGCUAAAACUAGUCGAAAUACUUGAAUUUUUUUGUGUAAAGUGAACAGGCUUAUUAGUGGUGUCUAUGAAGCAAUAGCCAUGAACACUGAUUUUUCCUGGAUAGAACCACAUGGUUUUAAACUAACGAUAUUAAAAUAAUUUGUAUGGCUGAUAAAGCAAUUUCGCAUGUUUAGAAUUGUCAUAUUUGUGCUAUAUCACAGGAACAGAGAAUUCAGAAAAACAAAUUUUUUGUGUGUUUUCUCAAUUUGAAGCUUUAGUUUCUUCAUGUCUUCAGAUUUUCUAUGAAAAGAAACUGAAUUAAAUUUAUAUACUUAGUGUUAAAUUUCUUGUCCAUCUUAUGGAGUCAUUCGGUAACUUUGGAUAGAGUUCAUGCCCAAUUUCAGUUGUUUGGGAGAUGCUGAACCAGUACUGUCCUUGAAAUCAAUGCUCUGCAGACAACAUAUUAAUGUGGUAAACAUUUUAAAAUUUCAAAGAAAUUCUCCUAAAAUGACACAAUUUGUAAAGUUUCCAAAUAAGAAUGUCAUAUAGUGAAUUCUCAACUUAUGAGUAGCCUGAAAUGAUUUCUUAUUUUUUUUAAUCUUGUUUUAGAGUAAAUGAAUUUAUGUAACUUUUACUAUCUGAAAGUCCAGUUCCAUAUAAUAAUCAAGUGUCCACUAGACAAAAUUUAGGUAUUGUUAAGAUCAUCUAAACUUCAUGCCAAUUUAAACACAGAACAAAUGUAAGGUUGGGAGCAGACAAAAAAUGACAAUCUCUAUUCGACACCCCAUAAGAGGAAGUUUUAAUAUUUGAAUUUUAAUACAUAUUUUAUUUUUAAAAUCGAUGCAAAUGUGUCAAAGCAAUUUACAAUGAUUUUUGAAUGUGUUAAAAUUGUGAUUUCAACAGGUUAAUUUAUUAUUUUGUGGAUAAUAUAUAUUACUGUUCUAUUUAUACUAAUGUCUAACAUUAACAGUCUUUAAAACUUUUAUUUUUUUAAUAUUAAUAACUACAUCAUUUUUGAAAGACUUUUGAUCCAACAAAUGUCAUAUGAAUCUUAGUCUUUGUGUUAAUCAUCUAUAUAAUAUGAUAUUAGUUAUCAAAUAAAUUAUAAAUUCCAGCAAUUAAUUGUAUAUUAAAAUUAUCUUUUUGUUUUGAAUAAUUAACUGGUAUUUGUGCCUUUACAUUAGCAUGGCAUUCAAUUAAAGAAAAAUUACAACUACUAUCACUAUUUACAAGUUUUGAUCAUACAUGUGACUUUAAAGCUGGAUUUUUUACAAUCAAUGAAUAAACUUUGUUCCAACCUCUUUCCCUGAGACACAAAAUCCAAAUAUAUAUAUAUAUAUUCAAGUUUAUUUUCACUUAUAAUAAAACAGUACUGUAGUCCAACCACGAGAUACUUCAGUUGGUUAUAUAUUGUUUUUCUAGGUGAUAAGUCCAGAUUGGGAAAACCGUGAUGUUAGCACUAAGAAAUACACCAGAUGCUAUUUAGAAUCAGGGCAAUUACUGUGGGGUCACUUGGGUCUUCAUUGUUGCUGUUGAGAUCAUAAAUCAUCUAUGUGAAGAUAAGAUAAACAAGAUCAAAAUAUCUAUAAUUGAAAUAUUAGAAAAUUUUACAUUUUUAAUUUAAAAAAUAUUGGUGAAGCAUAUCAUAGUUAUUUAAAAUUACAUUAUUUUUCAUGGAGUAUGAUGUAAAUGCUUAGUUUGUUUUCCAAAUAGAGUUCUGAAUUUUUUUAACAAACUCUAUAGAUGCUGAAAAUCAUUUUACAAUGAGAAUUUUCUUAUUUAUCUCCAAUUUCUAUUUCUUAAUUAACUGUUUGGAAUAUUAUGUCUAAAAUUGAAAUAGCAUAUAGAUAUAUUUACAUAUGCUAAGCUUAAAUUGUGGUUGGAUAAAAAUUCAAAUUUAAUCACAGAAGUUAAAUUAUUCAAGAUAAUAUUUAUAUAUAUAUAUAUAUGGUCUUAAUAAUAUUCUAAUAUGAGACAACCAUUUGUUUGUAUAAACACAAAUAUUAUAAAGGCCUAGCAAUAGUAAGUGCUGAGUACAUAUAAUUUUCUUCCAGGCUCCACCCUUUUUUGGUUUAAUAUUAUAUUUACCCAUUAAGAUGCAGAUAUUUAACAACAGUCUACAAAAUUACUAAAAUAAUAACUCUCUUCAUAUAAUAGUCUCUGACUUUUAUAUUAUAUAUAAUAAAUAUUUAUUUGAUAACAUAUAUAAUAUUCUCAAAAAAGCUCAUUAUUUCUAUAUACCUUUAUAAUAAUUUAAAUCAUUCAGUUAAUACAGUUUCUUUAAUUUUCUUUAUUUUACAACAGUUUUGUAGUUACUGACCAGACAUUGUUCAUUGGUGAUUAUUAUAGAAAUUGGCCAUGUAAAUUUAUAUAUCACAACUUUAUUCGUUUCUUACUUACAAACUCAUACUUUCAGUGUCUAAUUUUAGCCUUGCAUGGAAGAAAAAUGAUAAAGCAAUGAUGCUUGAAGCAUUUCUAUCAAUACCAAACUGAAGAAUUAAGGGAAAAGGAAAUGAAAUUAUCAGGAGAAUGAAUUUCCUGGUUUAGAAGAGACACAGAAAUGCCUAAUAGAAGAAUAAAAUCAUUUUAAGUGAAUAUUCAGGCCAAUAAUCGUAGAGCAAAGACAAAACAGUAAGGGCAUCUGGAAGUCUAUGUAAGCAGAGAUAGACUUUAUAAUUCAAUUUGCAAACAGAAUAUUUAACAACAUGCUACAGUAACAAUAAUAUCACUAAAAACAAAAACAACUAUUUUGCAUCUUCAAAAAAUGUUAUUGGUUAGGAUUUGUCUCUAACCCCUUUGAGAAUUUAAUCAACUUCAUAAUAAAAAUAAUUAAAAAACCACAUUUGGAGGUAUGUGAAUUUGAUUCUCUAUUCAAUAAUAUUAAAACACGCAGUCCUUUUUAUUUUUUUUAACUUAUACAUUCUGUCCAAAUUCUGUAUAGGUAACUCUCUUGUUUUCUUAUUAUUUCAAUAUAAUAUGUCCCUAUGAAAUGCUGUAUAUAUAUGUUUAAACUGUAAAAAGUAUACUGCAAAUGUUGAAGUUUUGUAUUUAUGAGAGACAUUGAAAGUAUGGCUUAUGGUAUUUCAAAAUUGUCACUCUUCACCAUUUGUAUAUUAAUAGUAAAGAUACUUUUACUUUACUAAA